AUGUACGAAGAAGUCGAACCUUUUGGGGAUAUAGACGAGGUGGUAAUUCUUAACAAAAGAGAUGUUAGAGGCAAGAGAUACGACUUUGUUAGGUUUUUCAAUGUUGAGAAUGUAAGAAUUUUGGCUAUGAAAUUGGAAAAUAUAUUCAUAGGUAAGAAGAAGCUCUUCGUCAACAUACCUCGUUUUCAAAGAAAACAAGGUGGUGGACCUAUCAGAGAGAAAGCAAGGGAUAGGGAAGAUGCUUAUGACAAGCGGGAGUUUUCAAUCAAAACCAUAUUUGGAGAACAUCGAUCAUACACUAACGUUGUUAACAAUAAUUUCAUAAAUGUAACGCAUGAAGAGAAGGCCAAACUGAUCUUUGCACACGUUGAAUACAACAUCAGAGAUUUCGAAUUGGAGAUAUUUAAGAAAAUGUAUAUUGGAAUUGUGGAGAAUGUUGGAUUGUCUUAUAGCAUGCAAGAUAUCUUUAAUGCAGAAAGGUAUUUUUCCAUUCAUGUAACACCUUUGGGAGAAAAUAUGUGUCUGCUAGAGGAUAGAGAUGAAGGUGAAAUGGAAGCUUUAUUAGCGGAAAGGUGA